AUAAAACAAUUGUUCAGUUCCCUAUAAAAACCCAGUAUUUUUUGUUUUGGUCUGAACUCUUUUAACUAGUAUUCAACAAAUGUACAUAGAUCAUAUCAAAAACAUUCACUUAAACACGAUCCAUCUUCAUAAUUUUUCUUUUGUUGAAUCAGUCACUAUAGUAAUGAUAAAAUGAUUAAAAGAAUUUUUCAUCUUGAUACAUAUAUAUUUAUUUUGUUGUCUUUUCACAAUGAUAGGCAAAGACACUGUGGAUUCGGAUGAACUUGAGAUUACUGGAGACCCAGAGUUUUUUGAUCUCAACACACUUAGAGCAGCCACAGAAAACUUUUCAGAAUCCAACAAACUUGGCCAAGGCGGUUUUGGCACUGUUUAUAAGGGUGAGUUGCCAAAUCACCAGAAGGUUGCUGUCAAAAGAUUGAUCAGGACUAGACACGGGAUUGAAGAAUUUAGAAAUGAAGUUGCACUGAUAGCCAGACUGCAACACAGGAAUCUCGUGAAACUUGUAGGCUACUGUAGAAGUAGAGAAGAAAGGAUGCUAGUCCUGGAAUACAUGCCGAACAAGAGCUUGGACUCGUUUCUUUUUGGUAACACAAGAAGGUCUUUAGAUUGGCAAAAGCGCUUUCAGAUCAUCAACGGGGUUGCUCGUGGUAUUUUAUAUCUUCACCAAGAUUCUAGACUGAGGAUCAUUCAUAGGGAUCUCAAGACUAGCAAUGUUCUUCUAGACGCCGACAUGAAGCCGAAAAUUUCUGAUUUCGGCAUGGCAAGACUAAUCCAUGGAGACCAACUGCAGAAUAGAACGAACAAAACUGCUGGAAUAUUUGGUUACAUAGCACCAGAAUAUGCAAACUUCGGACAAUUUUCAACAAAAUCCGAUGUCUAUAGUUUCAGGAUCAUAGUAUUGGAGAUUGUAAGCGGCAAGAAGAACAGUAGCUCUUAUUGGGAUUCCACGUACUUGGUACGACAUGCUUGGGAGCUUUGGAAAGAAGACAGAUCCUUAGAAUUGGUGGAUUCAUCUCUACAGUCCUAUCAGCCAGAUGAAGUCCUCAGAUGUAUUCAUGUUGGUCUUUUGUGUGUGGAAGACGAUUCAGAAAAUCGACCGGCCAUGUCAGAUGUUACUUUUAUGUUAUGUAGUGAGGCAUCUCUUCCUUCUCCCAUACAGCCUGCAUUUGGCUUCAACAUGGGUUCCAGAAAUACUCUUGAUCCGUCAAACAACGACUUGAGUAUAACCGAAAUGGAAGGGCGAUAAUGAAACAUACGGAAUAUAAGAGGUUUUCCAGUAGGUAGCAAGUUUUAUGCUUAGUAUCCUUAGUCAUGGUACUACAGUGGGUGAAUACAUUCUUUUUUCUAAAUUACUAUUUUCAGUGGAGUCAUACUACUUUCUCAAUUUGUUUAUACCCCCCUGUUUUUUAUUUCUUCUAUUGGUUAUUUCUGAUCUUCAGAUCAAACUUCGUUUGAUGCUUCAAGCUAUUCAAUAACAAAUAAUUUAUCAAAAAUUAAUCUCUUGUAAUUCGUGCUGCAUUAUAUAUUUGCUCUCAGAUUAGUUGAUUAUAUUAUUCCUGUGAAAACAAGGAAACCCCCUUACUUUUAGUCUCAUGCUUAUACUAUUGCAUACACUACAAGCACUAUCAUGAUUGAUUCAUGCAUGCUUUUAGAUCAGUAGUCUCAUCAGCCUGCUGGUAAACCAUCCGACUACCUUUUAGAAUUGAAUAAUAAAAGUUGAUAAGAAUUUAGAAACAUGGAAAAGUUUGAUUCAUGCAUGCUCAAAGAAAUUUCCAGACGCAUAAGCCAAGUACCAAGUCCACCACAAGUUAAUGUCGACACAAGUCUUCCACCAAACAAAUUAGAGGCAAGUCACAUAUUGUGUAGUGCGUAAGCAUAUUGUAUAGUGGGAAUGCAUAUGAAUAUCCCAAAUUUACAGUUUACGAAAUCUCAAAUAAUAUUUAAAUGACUUGCAAUUGCUGCAAGAAGCAUAUUACCU